CAAAGGGUUCAGAGUUUGUAGCUGGACUUCAGGACAGGAUGGCGGCCCUCAAAAACUGGAAAUCUAGUCUCUUUGACUGCUUUGAAGAUGUGAAUACUUGUUGCUAUGGCUUCUGGUGCUGCCCUUGCCUUGCCUGCACUGUUUCAGGAAGAUUUGGAGAGAACUACUGUUUGCCUUUAUGUGACAUUCUGACUCCUUCUGUAUGUGCAGCCUGUGGGGUUCCUCUGUUUGUCCCCCCUGCGGCAUUGUCUAUGAGGGCUUCCAUUCGUAACAAACGUGGAAUAGCAGGUUCCCUCUGCAAAGACAUACUUGCUUCCUGUUGCUGUGUCUGGUGCUCCUGGUGUCAGAUGCAUCGCGAGCUAAAGGAGCACACUCCUGUCGUUGUUGUGAUGCAGCAGCCCGUGACACUGCCUGGUCCAGUUGUACAUGCUAAUCCGGUCAUGAUGGUCAAUCCAAACGCUGCUCCACCUCCUGGUGGUUUUCAACAUGCUGCUCAAAACCCUGCUUGGUUACAGAGCCGUCCUUAAUACACUGAAGGGUUACAAAAGCCUCCUCCUUCCUAACUAAAUUUAAGUUCCUCAGAUCAGCCAUAAUAAUAUUGGUGUAUAUUGGGAUUAUUUACUUUAUCCAAAAAAGUCAGCUAACUCUCAAUACCUCAAAUGAAAAUCAAAAGUUUUGAGUUUGAUUUUGAGUUCAUAUGUAUAUUAACAUUAUUAUAAACAUUGUACAACUAUCUCAUCAAUUUGAAAUAAAAAACAUAACUCAAUAACAAAAACA